AUGAGUUCUUCUAUCGAUGAUUUUCCUGCGAUUCAGGAGACUAUGCUGGAGUUUCGUGCUGGUAAAAUGGUUCUAGAAGGAAAACGGGUGGUUCCUGAUGCUCGGAAAGGUCUCGUUCGUAUUGCUAGGGGUGAGGAGGGAUUAGUUCACUUUCAGUGGCUUGAUCGCACGUUAAAUGUUCUCGAAGAUGAUCAGAUCAUAUUUCCAAACGAGGCUACUUUUGAGCAGGUUAAUCAAGCAUCUGGAAGGGUUUACAUUUUGAAGUUUAAUAGUGAUGACAGAAAGUUCUUCUUCUGGAUGCAGGAAUCGAAUGCUGAUAAUGACUCGCAACUUUGUAGCUCUGUGAAUGAUUAUAUUAACAGACCAUUAGAGCUCCUUGGCGAAGAGGAAGCUGAUGGAUCUCUUCCACUUCAAGUUUCUGAAGAUAUGGCUGAGGAUGACAUCUCAUCUAGAGCUGCAAACUUAUUUGUCCCAAACCUGGGUGUGGACGCAACUAGCGAUGUAACGUCUUCUGGUCCAGUUAAAUUGGAAGAUCUCCAAAGAAUAUUGAGUAACAUUGGUCCUGCUGCAGAUAGUAUUAUUGAUCCUGAUGGAGGCUUUGAACUCGGUGACAUACUGAAGCCUGACCUGAUAUUGCCAUUGAUGGAGACAUUAUCAUUGGAGCAGCGUCUUGCUCCUUAUUUACCAGAGGGUACAUGGUCUCCACAAGAAAUAUUGGAGUUGUUGCAGAGCCCACCUUUCCGUCAGCAAGUAGAUUCAUUUACUUAUGUACUUCGAACAGGACAGAUAGAUUUGUCUCAGUUUGGAAUCGAUCCUAGUAAAUACAAGUUCACAGUUUUGUCAUUUCUUGAGGCUCUUGAAGAUUCUGUUUCCAAGUCUGAGGAAACCAGGCAAGAUGAUCAGGAAUUAGUAUCUCAAUCUUGUACUCCAAUGGAUGAAUCUAAGUAG